GGACACGCUCUCUGUGUGUUCAACGUUCUUGGAUUGUCAGUCUUUCUCCUUCCCUUUGUCUCUCUGGUUUUGAGGCCCCCCCCCUUUUUCUUUUUUCCUUUCGUGCGAAGCUAGCCUCAGAGAGAGAGAGAGAGAGAGAGAGAGAGAUGGGCGGUGGUGGUGAAGUGUGCAGCAGAAGGAUGGCUCUUGUGGGUGGCGUCGGGCUGGUGGUGCUCGCGUUGGCGCUGGUCUCGGCUCGUGCGGAGCUCCGGAGGUUCGAGCAGCCCGUGAAGCCCGACGGGUCGAUCGGGUUCCUGGUGGUGGGCGACUGGGGUCGACGUGGUGAUUACAACCAAUCUCGGGUUGCUGUCCAGAUGGGGAGGGUUGGGGAGAAGCUAGACAUAGACUUUGUGGUAUCAACAGGAGACAAUUUCUAUGACAAUGGCUUGACUGGUGAGCAUGACCCUGCUUUUGAGGAGUCAUUCACCAACAUCUACACUGCCAAGAGCUUGCAAAAACAAUGGUACAGUGUGCUGGGCAACCAUGAUUACAGAGGAGAUGCAGAGGCACAGUUGAGCCCUCUCCUGAGAAGAAUUGAUAGGAGAUGGCUCUGUUUGAGAUCUUUCAUUGUCAAUGCAGAAUUGGUUGAGAUCUUCUUCCUGGACACCACCCCGUUCGUCAAAUCCUACUUCACCGAUGCAGAGGGACAUACCUACGAUUGGCGCGGCAUUAAAUCGCGCAAGACUUACAUCGCCAACCUGCUUAAGGAUGUGGAAUCGGCGCUGAAGGCGUCAACCGCGAAGUGGAAGAUCGUCGUCGGCCACCAUGCUAUCCGAAGCAUAAGUCAUCAUGGCGAUACUAAAGAGCUCCUCAAGUAUCUCCUCCCGAUUCUUCGGGCGAACAGCGUUGACUUCUACGUGAACGGGCACGACCAUUGCCUCCAACAGAUUGGGGACACCGAAAGCCCAAUACAAUUCCUAACGAGCGGAGCAGGGUCGAAAGCAUGGAGGGGCGACAUCAAAGAAACUAACAUAGGCGACGUGAGCUUCUUCUACGACGGGCAAGGGUUCAUGUCCGUGCGCUUGACUCGGUCCGACGCGGAGAUCGCCUUCUACGAUGUCUUUGGCGAGGUCUUGCACACGUGGACCGUGUCGAAGCAGCUUCACUCCGCAAUCUAGAGAUAUACCCAUUUGAGCAGAGAGAGAGGGAUCUCUCACUGAAGGCACCGUGUAUCAGUAUGGGCCUUUGAUUUUGUACAUGAGUUUCAGUGAUUUAUUUUGUUAGAUGUAAUAUCACUAGGAGAGUGGUGCCUGAGCAAAGCCCCAAUUGGAGGCACCAUGUACCCGUAUGGGACAAGAGUACCUUUCUAAAUUAAAAGCUUUGGGGGUUAUUCGAGAAACAGAGGUUACCCGAUGUCACAAAUCCCAAUCGAACUUUUGGCUAGAAUAAAAUCGCAAUAUUCAAA